AUGGCAGUGUACCGAUCACUUCUCUUACAUGAUCCAACUUCUCCGCCUGUAAUUCUCUUCUUCCGAAAUUACCCCUUGAAACCGCUCAAAUUCUCCAGCUUACCCUUCGUCCACCGCUACAGUCAGUCUCCGGCUUCCUCCGCUCGGUGUUCUUCGUCUUUGUCAUCCAUGGAGUCUCCUCCCGAGGGGUACAGAAGAAAUGUCGGUGUCUGCCUCAUGAACUCUUCCAAAAAGAUUUUUGCUGCCUCGAGGUUGGAUAUUCCCAGUGCUUGGCAAAUGCCUCAGGGUGGAAUCGAUGAGGGUGAAGAUCCGAGAGUUGCGGUUAUGAGAGAGCUUAAAGAAGAGACUGGAGUUCACUCUGCUGAGAUUAUCGCUGAGGCACCUCACUGGGUAACAUAUGAUUUCCCUCCAGAUGUUAGAGAGAAGCUUAAGGUCCGAUGGGGAUCAGAUUGGAAGGGUCAAGCUCAGAAAUGGUUCCUCCUUAAAUUUACUGGAAAAGAUGAAGAAAUCAAUCUUCUUGGUGAUGGAACUGAGAAACCAGAGUUUGGAGAAUGGUCCUGGGUAUCUCCUGACCAACUCAUUGAACUUGCAGUGGAUUUCAAGAAGCCAGUGUACAAGGAAGUCCUGUCGGUUUUCGCUUCUCAUCUCCAGUAA